AUUUGAAUAGAUGAUAAUCAGAAUAAAAAAAUGUGUGGAUAUGAUUAUUUCUUAAAAUGGUGUCAGUAUGUGUCGGAGGAAUUCUAAUCGUGCUGUAAUCGUGAUUGAUAUACAGAUUUGUGAAGUAAAUGGGGUAGAUGAUGAAAUGUGGAGAAAGAGCGUCGAGAGACGAAUAGAUCUAUUACAGAAAGAAAACCAGGAAUUAAAAAAGACCCUAGAAAAUAUCGGUCUGGAGAACAAGCAGUUGAAAGACGAUCUCGAUUUGGUGAAGAAACGAUGUGUCUCAUGUGAUUCUCUAGACACCAGUGAAGAUGACAUUACGGGAGAAAAAGUAGAAAUGUCUUUUAUACAAGAUAUGGGGAAGGUUGAGACAGACAGUGACAGCGAAAUGGUAAACAGGAGAGAUAAGGAACCAGUGGCAAGAAUAAUCCCUCCAGCGUCAUCAAUACCAGUUUCAGCAGUUGCCUUCUACAGUUACAUGUCCACUAAUACUGCCGCGUCUCUUCCCACUCAUCAUACUCUAAUCUACGACGUCGUACAAAUCACCGAGGGAAUGGCUACAACAAAGACGAUGGAAUUUUCAUCGCUCCUGUAUCCGGGAUAUAUGUCUUUCAUUUUUCGGUACGCAUCGGAUAUAAUGGUUGGGCCAGUCUUGAAAUCGUCGUAAAUGGAAAAACAAUUGGCACUCUUUUUGAGGACAGUGAAAAUGCAAGUGGGUGGCACGGAGGAAGUAAUCUAGUGAUAAGUGAUGUGAAUGCUGGUGACCACGUGUUCAUCCGAACAUAUGAAGCUGUUCGUGGUGGAAUCCAUAGUACCACCAGAGGACGAACGUCUUUUUCUGGGUGGCUUCUCUACCAUUGAGUUUGUAACCAGUCUGAAAUCGAAUAAAAUCACUGAUUACGCAGUG